AUGAAGCUUAUAAAGCGAGGAAUAGAAAAAAACGGACCGGGGUAUGUCGCACUUAUUCCGGACGAUUCCGAGGAUAUGUGGCACAUAUAUAAUCUGAUACGUGUUGGUGACGUUGUUCGCAGUAAAACUAUCCGUAAGGUUGUCACUGAAACAUCGACUGGCACGACUUCUAGUCAGCGAAUGCACACCGUUCUAACGAUCAGCGUGGAAGCAAUCGAUUUUGAUCCUGGAGCAAAUGCUCUUCAUCUCAAGGGUCGAAACAUACAAGAGAAUGAUCUUGUGAAGCUUGGGGCUUAUCAUACCCUUGACUUGGAGCCAAAUAGAAAAUUCACGCUGGAAAAAACGGAAUGGGAUACGAUCGAUAUAGAACGGCUUGACACUGCACUUGAUCCUGCAGCUCAGGCAGACGUUGCUGCUGUUGUUCUGCAUGAAGGAUUGGCUCAUGUCUGCCUACUCACCCCAGCAAUGACUCUUGUGCGGGCAAAAAUUGAUAUGCAGAUCCCACGCAAACGAAAGGGGUUCACUUCUCAACAUGAUAAAGGCAUCCAAAGGUUUCUGGACGCAGUAUCAGCAGCGUUCCUGCGUCACGUCGACUUCAAUGUUAUAAAAUGUGUUCUCAUCGCAAGUCGAGGUUUCCUCAAAGAGCAGUUUUUGGAUCACCUGUUGCGGUAUGCUGAUGCUCAAGGGAAAAAGAUUACAACUGAACAACGUGGGAAGUUUAUGCUGACACAUUCUAGUAGCGGUUUCAAACAUGCUUUAAAAGAGGUCUUGGAGGAUCCGGCUGUUGCUAUUCGUCUAGCCGAUACUAAGGCGCAAGCCGAGGUGAAGGCACUCAAUACUUUUUACGAAUUAAUGUCAACAGAACCGGAUCGAGCUUUCUAUGGCUACAAGCAUGUGUGCAUGGCGAAUAAGGAACAGGCCAUUGAGACGUUAUUGCUUUCGGACUCACUUUUUCGAUCACAAGAUUUAGCGACAAGGAAGCGCUAUGUGGAACUGGUUGAAAGUGUACGAGAACAGAACGGUACUGUGCUCAUCUUCUCUUCGAUGCAUGUCUCCGGUGAGCAGCUGAGCCUCCUCACAGGAUGUGCGGCCAUUCUUCGUUUUCCAAUGCCUGACAUUGAAGACGACACAUUAAGUGAUGAAGAACAGCCGUAG